AUGGCCGACACGACCCAGCCUCCUAUGAACGGCAGCUACCCCGCGCAACACGCGUAUCCCGAGUCUUACAACCAUGGCCAUGCUGCCGUGAACAGCGUGUCCAACUUUCAGCCCGCGCAGUCGACCACUCCCAGCAACGCCCCACCCAGCGACCAGAAGAACGGAAUCUCCAAGGAUGAGGUUGGUUGGUACUUCGUUGAGCAGUACUACACCAACAUGAGCCGUAGCCCAGAGAAGCUGCACCUCUUUUACUCUCGGCGGUCGCAGCUUGUUUUUGGCACCGAAGCGGAGUCUGUUCCUGUCGCAAUCGGCCAGAAGGAGAUCAACGACAAGUUCAAGCAACUCGACUUUCAGGACUGCAAAGUUCGUGUCCUCAACGUGGAUUCCCAGGCUUCUUUCGACAACAUCCUGAUCUCGGUUAUCGGUGAAAUCUCCAACAAAUCCGAGCCAUCCCGCAAAUUUAUCCAGACUUUCGUACUUGCUGAGCAGCCCAAUGGCUACUAUGUCCUCAACGAUAUCUUCCGGUACUUGGUUGACGAGGAGGAGGUGGUGACCGAGGAGGCUACCCCUGCUGAGGCUCCCGCUGCUGCUGCCCCUGCCCCUGCUGAAGAGCAGGCUGUUGAAGCGGUUGAGCAGAAGCCCGCCGCCGAAGAAGCUACCCCGGAGGUUACCGAGGCCCAGGUUGACAACGAAGUUGCCGUUGCUCAGGUUGAUGAGAAACUCGAGCAGGCUGAAGAAAAAGAAGAGGAGAAGGCUGUCGAGGAAGAUCAGACCAACGGAACUGAGGCCGAGAAGCCAGAGGUUGCGGAAGAAGUUCCUGCCCCCGCGGAGCCUGAGGCUGCCGAGCCGGAGAAGCCCGCGACUCCAGAGCCCACUCCGGCUGAACCUGUGCAGAAGGAGGCCCCUGCGCCUGAGAAGGAGGCUGCUCCCCCUGCUAAGGCUCUUCCCAAGACUUGGGCCAAUAUUGCGUCCAAGAUUGGCGCCGCUGCUGCUGCUCCCGUCGUCCCUGCUGUUCCCGCUGCCCCAGCUAAGCCUGCUGCAACCCCGGCGGCGGCUCCGGCUGCGGCUGCCCCAGCUGCUGCCCAGCCCCAAUCUGCUCCUGCUCCUGCUCCUGCUCCUGCUUCUGCUCCUGCUCCUGCUCCUGCUCCUGCUUCUGCUCCCGCUUCUGCUCCUGCAGCUGCCGCCCCCGCUGCUGAGAGCACUCCCAGCCAACCUCCUGCCGGUGAUAAUGCUGGCUGGCAGACCGCUGGCCAGGACCACAAGAAGUCCCAGUCUCGUGCUGGCGAAGAGCAAAACGUCCUUGCCUACAUCAAGAAUGUCAACGAGAAGGUUGAUGCCAGCUUGCUGAAGCAGACUCUUUCCCGCUUUGGAAAGCUCAAGUACUUUGACGUGAGCCGUCAGAAGAACUGCGCCUUUGUUGAGUUUGCUGAGCCCGCUGGUUACGCCGCUGCCUUGGCUGCCAACCCCCACCAGAUCGGAAGCGAACAGAUCUCUGUUGAGGAACGUCGCCCUCGCGGAAACGCUUAUGGAGGCAACGCCAACUAUGGUGCUGGUCGUGGUGGCGCUGGUCGCGGCCGUGGUGACCGUGCCGGCAGCCAGGGUCGUGGUGGCUUCCAGCGCGACGGACGCGGAGGCUUCGCGCCCCGUGGCCGUGGAGGAAAUGUCAACACCAAGGCCCGUAACCAACCCCAGGCUGCUUAA